CUGCGCCAGGACACGGCCGCGUCGCGCGCGCUCAAGGACAGGAUCGUUGAGCUGGCCAACGAAGCACUCACCGCCGACCUCGCCCUCGGCGACAAGGAGCAGUGGGGGAUCGGGCCCGGCAAGGCGCGCACGCCCGAUCAGCUGCUGGACGCGAUCGACAGGGGGAACUACGAUGGCGGCAGGACAGGACGCAUGUGGACGCUCGAUCCGAUCGACGGCACGAAGGGCUUCCUCCGCGGCGGGCAGUACGCGGUCUGCCUGGCGCUCAUCGUCGACGGCGAGGUCAAGGUCGGCGCGAUCGGCUGCCCCAACCUGCACGUCGACGCCGCCAAGCCCGACGGCGAGAAGGGCUGCAUCUUCGUCGCCGUCCGCGGGCGCGGCGCCCAGCAGUACACGCUCGCCGGCGCGGACCCGCAGCCCCUCCGCCUCCCCGUCCUCCCCACCUCGCAGAUCAGCUUCCUCGAGUCCGUCGAGGCCGCGCACGCCGACCACGGCUUCAACGCGCGCGUCUCCGAGGUACUCGGUGUCACGCUCCCGCCCGUGCGCAUGGACAGCCAGGCCAAGUACUGCUGCCUCGCGCGCGGCGAGGGCGGCGCGUACCUGCGCAUGCCCGUCGGCACCGGCUACCGCGAGAAGAUCUGGGACCACGCGCCAGGAUCUGUGUUGGUUGAGGAGGCGGGCGGCACGAUCAGCGACUCGAGGGGGAAGCCGCUCGAUUUUGGGCUUGGGCGGACGUUGCGAGAGAAUUUUGGGAAGGUGAUUGAGGCCGUGCAGACGGCGGUGUCGGAGGGGCUGGCGAAGUUUUGGAGGGGGGACCCUGAACUGUACUACCGCAUGUAUCCUCGUACUCACUUUUCUACAUAG